UCCUCAAAACCAGAAGCCGAGAAAAAAACUCGAGGCCGUCUGCGAAACCCUACCUCCUAGAUCCUUUCCAUUUCCUCCUUCCUCUUCGAUUCAUCCAUUCGCGGCGGCGAUCAUCGGAUCUCCUCAUCCGUUUCUUAUCAGUCCCAAAUCUGUCCCUCUCGAUCGGUUUUUUAAUCUCCAACUCCGACGGCCCUUUUUCGGCUCUGCUUUGCUUCGUCUUGAGAAGUCGUCUCUCCAUUUUUCCGGGGUGAGAGCCGAAGAUGGAGUGUCCGGAGGAGGCCAAGGCGUCUCAGAAGGAGUGUGUGAAGGUGGCCGUCAAUAUCCGGCCGCUCAUCACCACAGAGCUCCUCAUGGGUUGUACGGAUUGCGUCACUGCUGUACCUGGGGAGCCACAGGUUCAAAUUAGUUCUCAUGCAUUUACCUUUGAUCAUGUUUAUGGGAGUUCAGGAUCUCCCUAUUCUUCCAUUUUUGAAGAGUGUGUUCUUCCUUUAAUUGAAGGAUUCUUCCAUGGAUACAAUGCCACUAUCCUUGCAUACGGGCAGACGGGGUCUGGCAAGACUUACACAAUGGGGACUAAUUAUACUGGAGAGGGUAAUUGUGGUGGUAUUAUACCAGAAGUAAUGGAGACCAUUUUCAGGAAAGUUGAUGCUAUGAAAGCCACAACGGAAUUCUUAAUUCGAGUCUCCUUUAUUGAGAUUUUUAAGGAAGAAGUCUUCGAUUUGCUAGACCCUCAACCUCAUGGUGCUACAAGAAUUGAGGGUGCAGCUAUAGCCAAGCAAACAACGUCCAGAGUUCCUAUCCAAAUUAGGGAGACAGCUAUUGGUGGGAUUUCUCUUGCGGGUGUUACUGAAGCAGAAGUGAGAUCAAAGGAAGAAAUGGCAUCGUAUCUGACUCGUGGAUCUAUUGCUCGUGCAACUGGAAGUACAAACAUGAAUAGUCAAUCAAGUCGUUCACAUGCCAUCUUCACAAUAUACAUGGAACAAAAGAAAACUAGCAAUGAAUGUAACAGAAUGGCUCACAAUGAAGUAGUUGGCGAUGACAUAUUACUUGGAAAGUUUCAUUUAGUGGAUCUUGCUGGAUCAGAACGUGCAAAACGAACUGGGGCUGAUGGACUUAGACUUAAAGAAGGCAUACAUAUAAAUAGGGGCUUGCUGGCUCUUGGCAAUGUAAUCAGCGCACUUGGAGAUGAAAAAAGGCGAAAAGAAGGUGGACAUGUUCCUUAUCGUGAUAGCAAGUUAACUCGUCUUUUGCAGGAUUCUCUUGGCGGCAAUAGCAAAACAGUGAUGAUAGCUUGUAUUAGCCCUGCUGACUCCAAUGCAGAAGAGACUAUUAAUACUCUUAAAUAUGCCAAUCGUGCAAGGAAUAUCCAGAACAAAGCAAUGAUAAACCGUGAUCCAGUUGCUGAUGAAAUGCAAAGGAUGCGUAGCCAAUUGGAGCAAUUACAAGCUGAAUUGGUAUUUUGUCGUAGCGGAGGUGCAUCUUUGGAGGAACUUCAGAUUCUUCGUCACAAAAUAUCAUUGCUUGAGGCAAGCAAUGGAGAGCUUCGCCAGGAGCUGAAGGAUCAAAAAAUUACCUGUGAUCACUUAAAACAAUGGGCUCUUGAUGCCCAGGUAGAAAAGGAUAAAUUAAUUUUGAAGAUUGAAUCUGCUCGCAAUGGAAAAUCUUGGGAUGAGAUUGAUGAAACUGAAAAGGAUAAGGAAAUAGAUCUUAUAAAAGGUUAUGCUUCAAAAAUUCAAGAGCUGGAAGCAGAGUUGAUGAGGGUUCAAAGCUUGUCCCGUCCUUGCAGAAAUCUUAUGAUGGAUUUUCCUACUCUGGAUGAUCCGAGCUCAGGUUGUGAUGCAAGAACUUUUGAUGAUUCCAGUGAAGUGGAAGAAGAACAGGAGAGGGAACACUCUAUUCUCCAGCAUCAACUUGAUAAGGAGCUUCAGGAGUUAGACAAACGACUUGAGCUAAAGGAGGCGGAAAUGAAGCAAUACACAGGGCCUGAUACAUCGUUUCUCAAGCAACACUAUGAAAAGAAACUAUUGGAGCUUGAGCAAGAGAAGAAAACACUCACAAAGGAGAUUGAAGAACUUCGCUUCAGCCUUUCAAAUCUGUCAUCCACUUCUGAUGAUGGUGCCCAAAAGCUUAAGGCAGAUUAUCUCCAGAAGCUGAAUAUGCUGGAGGCUCAGGUAUCUGAUUUGAAGAAAAAGCAAGAGGCACAAGCUCAAUUAUUGCGACAGAAGCAGAAGAGCGAUGAAGCAGCUAAAAAACUACAAGAAGAAAUUCAAAGGAUAAAAUCUCAGAAGGUCCAGUUGCACCAUAAAAUUAAGCAAGAAUCCGAGCAAUUUAGGUCCUGGAAGGCUUCACGUGAAAAAGAGGUUCUCCAGCUUAAGAAGGAAGGUCGAAGGAAUGAAUAUGAAAUGCACAAGCUGUUGGCUUUGAAUCAACGGCAAAAAAUGGUCUUGCAAAGGAAGACCGAAGAAGCUGCUCUGGCCACCAAAAGAUUGAAGGAACUAUUGGAAGCGAAAAAGUCCUCUCGUGAUGUAGCUGCUAUUGGAAAUGCAAACGGCCCUGGAAUACAGGCUUUGGCAAAAACGAUAGAGGAUGAACUUGAGUUCAUGCUACAAGUGCAUGAAGUAAGAUCAGAGUAUGAGAGGCAGCUUCAAGUAAGGGCAGCAAUGGCUAAUGAGCGAGCAAAGCUUAAGGAAGAAACUGGUGACACUCCUCAGACAAUGUCACCAGGUGCCAGAAAUUCAAGGAUUUUAGCUCUUGAUAAUAUGUUGAAAACUUCAUCUACUACUUUGGUUGCCAUGGCCUCACAAUUAUCGGAAGCGGAGGAGCGUGAACGUGCUUUUAGCGGUAGAGGACGAUGGAAUCAAGUCAGAUCACUUGCCGAUGCAAAAAAUCUAAUGAACUAUUUGUUUAAUUUGACAUCAACAUCACGGUGCCAGUUGCAUGAUAAGAAGGUGAGUUGUAGAGAGAAGGAUUCUGAAAUAGCUGAACUUAAGGACAAGGUGGUCAAACUCAAUAUCUCGAAGAGACAGAUAGACGAGCAACUGACGGUAGCCCAGAAUCACAUGCAGAGAUUAUUGGCACAGAAGAACAAGACAUUUGAUGAGAACUCUGGACCCAUUGCCAGCGUCUCUGAGGAUGAUGUGCCUUUGCCAACUAAGCGUAAGAAUUCACGUAAGACUCAGAUUUCCAGUCAGAGUGUGAAUAAUAUGGAUGAUAUGGAUAUAUCCGACUCUGAGAUGUUGGAAUCAGAAGCUGAAGCAUCGGAUGAUGCAUAUGAAUCAGACUCAGAUUGGGUAGAAUCUGGAAAGAAGAACAUAAGGAAGCAGUCUCAAACCCAUCGAACCAGAAAUUCUAGCUCGGAUGAAGGUGGUCCUAUAGCUAAAUCAUCAGACGUUUCAAAUGGAGAGUCACUGACCAAGGAUGAAAAUUCUGAGCUUCAUCCUUGCUGUUCUUGCUGGAGGGGUUCAUUCUGCAAAACAAAGAGAUGUGAAUGUCGAGCUCUUGGUAGUCUUUGUAGCAUCUAUUGCGGAUGUGUUUCUUCGAAGUGCUCUAAUAGAGAAGGCGGUGAAAUGAUUGAUAUGGAUGCAGCAGAAAUCGGUGAAAGCCUUGACAGUUUAGAUGAUGAGAAUCGAAAAUUGGUAUCAGAAGGAACGAAGCUGCUGCAGAGUGCACUGAGUAAGAAAUCAUCAGAUCUGAAUGAACCGAAGUCAAGAAUGCCACUAUCUGAUAUAAAAAAUGUGGCUAACCAAAAUACAACCGCUCAAGCUCGUCGCAAAAAAUGGCGCAAGUCAACGAUUCAGCUAGUUCCAACUCUGCCUCCUGCAACAUCCUUGCCACAAAACAGUGAAAACCAAAGGCUGAGAGAAGAUGUUCCUCAUCUAAGAUUACCUCGAGCAAUGGAGCCUCCGCAAGUCGAUAACAAUCCUCCAUUCGGAGAUAGGAACUCGUCUACAGCUAGUGAUUCCGCUGCAGCAGCUGGCAAUAAAGAAAUGAGAAGCAUGAUUCCUCGAAGAUCUCCGGUUCGGAUGCGGAAAGCAUCCGAUGAGAAAGAGAACAUGUAGGUUGUCAUCAUCGGGCAGACUUGUGAAACUAUUUUUAUCCACCCAAUUGAGGGAUCUGGCUGCGUGCAGCAGAAUGAGGGACUCCACGGUCUGAUCAUCCUACAAGUUGUAACAAUUAUUUUGGAUCCUGUAAUUAGUUUCUGUCAUUUACAAAUGACGUAACUUUUCCAGUAUAUUUUCUAUUUUAU